ACAGUUCUUGGGCUAUUUGAUGGAAAAAUGUGGACGAAAUCAAAACACUGAAGGCCAAGAGGAGGGCAUGGAAAUGAGAGUCAUCGAAGAAGUUCAAAUCCAUCGAGACGCAGAGAGUGAUGACAGCGAUGACACUGAUGACGAAUCAAAAGAUCAAAGUGCGCAUGUGCAGAACGCAGAGCAGACCGAUCACGAAGAGCCUGAAGAGAGAGAUGAGACUGAACAGGAUGAAGAACCGGAGGAAGGCCACGAAGACCCAUCAGAGCAGAGAGACGAACCUGAAAAACGAGAAAAAGAAUCUGAACAACAACAUGAGGAUGACAUGGAGGAUGAGCCUCAAGAACAAGAAGAAUCGGAAAACAAGUGCAAAGAAUCCAGAGGGAAAGAUGAAGAUAAAAUUGAAGAUGAGCCUGACAAAAAAGAAGAAGAACUAAAGAGGGAUUUGGAAGAAUCUGAAGAGCAAGAUGAAAAUAAUAUGGACGAUGAAGCUGGAGAAGACGAACAGUUUAUUAUGAAUAAGGAUAAACACCAAGCAGAUGACAAUCUCCCAGCAGCCUCAGGGCGAGAGUCUCCAAGAGCACCGCUGGCCACGUUUGACGAUGACAGCGAUCUUGAUCACUUUUACGAAGCGCUGGAUGGUCUAAAAGAAACGAGUGUGUAAUCAACAACACUAUUCUCAGAUGAGUGCAUUCUUUGUGCAGCAAUUUUACUUCGAAAUCGAUGAAGUAGUUAUCAAGGAACCUGCAGUAGUUUUCGUAAAUGUUGUCAAAAUACAAGCUUGUUGUUUUAAGUGCCCGUGUCACGCUAAAUAUAAUACCGUAGUUAAAUAUUCGUUUAGCUAAAUGUAAUGAAAAUGGGUCAUUUGAGAGGAUUACCUGCUAGGGAUACUUGUUUAGGUGUCAAUGAGUUGCCUAGCUUGAGUUUGGGCUAUAUAUGUAGCACUUCAUACAUGUACUAUUACAGAUCAAAAGCAUGUUGAUUUCCUUCAGCCAUAGUCUAUUAACUAUGCUUCAGCAGUAAGAAAGCUUUGAACUGUUAAAACUAAAUUAUUUUAGAAGCCCAUCUCUGUCCUUUGUAAUAACAUUUAAGAUUAUUCUUUAUCAAUGAGAGUGAGCUUUAAAAUAAACAAACAGUGUUUCCUGGCCCUUUUUGGAGUGAAUGCCGUAAAGUUACCAACUCAAGACGUCAUUCCAAAAGACUGGCGGAUACAGUUACCCUACGCAUUAAUCUCUACGGGCUUUUUCUUGAUAAAUAGAUAACCUUUGAGUAGUCUUUUAUACAAUUCUUUCAGAUGUAGAUUGAAUUUUAGUUCAGUUAGUGUCAGGUGCAGAAAAAGUGGCAGCAUGUGAAGGUGUUUAUAUAUAGGGUCUGAUCAGAACAGGAGGCAAAGUAUAGGCUGCUAGAGAAAAGAUUGUCACUCCCUAUUUACUUGUCAUUUGUUAAAACUGGUAAGAUUUUAAGUACAUGGCUGUGUUGUUUGGCAAUGUUAAGCCAUACAUGGUAUUUAUUCAAUCUAACACUGAUAUCAAUAUCUUAUACUUAUGAUUUGUUCAAUUCAACCUAAACAUGUGAGACACUCAGUAGAUGGCUGUGUUGCAUUACAAUGCUAAGCCAUGAAUCAUAAUUAUUCAAUUUAUAUCAGUUAUCAGAUAUUGUUUUCUUACUUAUGAUUUGUUUAAUGCAAUCUUAACAUCUUAUGAUAUAUUCUG